AUGUACUUUACGUCUUCUGCAAAGUAUGCUACACGUUACUGUGGUGAAAAUGGCGGAUGUCUGAUCACGUGUUAUAUAGCACUGUUAAAUCCAUUUCCUGUCGUUUCACCUGAUGCACCGCCGAGUCUAUCGCCAACCCAAUUUCGAUUCUAUGGUAAGGGAAAUUACAAGAACUAUCAAUGCCAUUAUGUACCUGUUUCACCGGUCAGAGGAAUAGGAGUAGACACGUGGGAUUAUCGGCCACCAACUACCGGUACGGAUGAUGCAAUCUACGAUGAACUAGCUGUGUUUCAAGAGACAAGUAUACUUCCACAAGUUGUUGUACGAUUUAAAUAG